CCGGUGACAGCUCGUUCAGUGGUGUAACCGUAGACGCCACGGUCCGCUCCUCCCACCAGGCCAGCCGUUUUCAGACACACCGGUAACCCCACGGCCCUGCUCCUCCGGUAGUACACAUUUAUUCAGGUAGUAUGGAAGCGCACUGACUGUCCUACUAGUUCGGAAUGAGAAAUGAUGGCCGGCUCUGCAGCAGAGGAGAAAACCUUCCGACGGUUCCUGGAGCUCUUUAUUCGGGAGAUGAGGAUGCCGCUGCAGGAGAGCGACCCGGUGCCGAUGCGCCCCUUGUCGGACCUGGUGACUGAGGACGAAGUGGAAGGGGAGUGCCUCGACCUCUGUCUCCAACACCUCUACAAAUACAACUGUCCUUGCUCGCUGGCUGCCGCCCUGGCCAGAGCCACAGCAGACAGCCUCCUUCAGACCGACCUCUCCAUCCACUACCUCAACAAGACUGUAGAAGAUGGAGCUGACCUGUUACCACAGAUGGAGUCUGUCAAGCUGUCCCGGCUGGUGUUUAAUAGGCUGUUCGAGAUGUGCUGCCUCUGGCUGAAGGAGCUGCCCUUCCACCGACGUCCACAGCCGUACUACGAAACAUCCAUUCACGCCAUCAAGAACAUGAGGCGCAAGAUGGAGGACAAGCACGUCAUCAUCCCUGACUUCAACACUCUCUUCAACAUUCAGGAUCAGGAGGAACAGGCUUUCUUUGCUGUGUUUGAUGGCCAUGGUGGUGUGGAUGCUGCCAUUUAUGCUGCGAACCACCUCCACGUCAACUUAGUUCAUCAGGAAUCUUUCAACCAGGACCCCAGUGAGGCACUCUGCAGAGCCUUCAAGGUCACAGAUGAACGCUUUGUGAAGAAGGCCUCACGAGAGAACCUACGCUGUGGCACAACAGGCGUGGUGACAUUCUUGCGGGGCCGGACGUUGUACGUGGCCUGGCUGGGAGAUUCUCAAGUUAUCCUGGUCAGGAGAGGACAGGUGGUGGAACUGAUGAAGCCACAUAAACCAGACAGAGAGGAUGAGAAGCAGAGGAUUGAGGCUCUGGGCGGAUGUGUGAUCUGGUUCGGCACAUGGAGGGUCAACGGCAGCCUGUCGGUAUCCAGAGCAAUAGGCGACUCGGAGCACAAGCCCUACAUCUGUGGGGAUGCGGACCAUAGUAUCUUCCCAUUAGAUGGCUCAGAAGACUACCUGAUUCUGGCUUGUGAUGGCUUCUGGGACACUGUGAGUCCAGAGGAGGCGGUGCGGGUUGUCAGCGACCAUCUCCAGGAGAACUCUGGAGACACCACCAUGGUAGCCCACAAGCUGGUGGCCUCGGCUCGUGACGCCGGUUCUAGUGAUAAUAUAACUGUCAUCGUGGUCUUCUUGCGGGACCCUCGUUCUCCACCCCCCACCAGCACUGAGGAUGAGGAGGAGGCUGUGGUGGAGGGACAGGUGGCGGAGGAAGAGGUUGCAGAGGUAGACGAAGAAGAGCAGGAAGAGGAGGAGGAGGAGGAAGAUGAAGCAAUGAGGGUAGAGCGUGAUGGCGGUGAGGGAGGCAGCACUGCGGACAUUGGGGGGAAGAGCCGUGGAGGCUGGCCUCUGCAGCAAUGCUCAGCCCCCGCUGACCUUGGCUACGAAGACCGAACUGACUCAUUCACGGACAGAACUAGUCUCAGCUUGUUAGGGCCGUCUCUGGAAGGCCGCAUCUCUCUGACCAGGGGCUCAGGGAAACCCUGUUUCAACUUUAUCCCCGACCUCUUCACGGCUUCCCACAUCUACCGAGAAGAACGCCCACUGAGACGCAGUUCCUGUUUCCCUUUUCAGGAGCCCAGGAUCUCUAGCUUCACGGACCCACUGUGGCCUCAGACAGCCAUGCUGUUAGGCCAAGCUGUGAGGCGAAGCCACAGGCGUGGUUAUACUAAUCCCCGAUGGAGCCGACGGUGGCCAAGCAGAUCCAGGGAGCUGCUAGGCCUGAUACCCUCUGGGCACACUCAGCGCUUCUCUAACUGGAGGCCUGGAGUGGCAGUGCCUCACCUGCCCUGUGAUGCCACCAUCUGAAGAGGCGACCUAAACCAAACCAUCUCUGUCAUUACUUCACUCCUCCCCUUACCCCUCAGCCCUCCCACCUUUGCCUUUAACAACAUGUCUUUCUUUGAUAGUAGGUAGUUGUGGCUCCUGCAGUUGUAAUGUGAUUAUUGAAUCUUUGUCAGAGGACUUGUAUUCUCUGUCCUAUGUUGAAAUAUUUCCAAAUGUAACCUGGCCCACUAAACACAAGCCCUGCUUGCUCUAGCUGUAGGUAAAGCCAAACUGCAUUCUUUCCAUUGUGACCACUAAUCAGUCAAUUUGAAGCCAGAGCUGGAAUACUGGCUGGUAGGAUGAUUUCAGACUGGGUGUGAAAUAAUUCUUAGAGGCAAUGUAGCAAACCGUUUCUGGACCACAAAUAAGAGUUUAUUGCAGGCAGUGCAAAUAAUAUUUUAGAUGUUUCUCUACAGGAUAAAGGAAAGAAAUUGAGUUCCAGAUACAUUUAAAAUCUUCUGAGAUGUUAUUAGCUGAUAGGUUUUUAUCUCUAUUGGAAAUGAAGUCUCUUGAGUGAUAAAACUUCACUUUCUUUCAGUCUGAAGAUGUGUUUAACAGUUUAUUUAUGUGCCUGGUCACUCUACACUCUGUACACAAAAGUUAUUUAUUUUGGACAGACAGAAAAAGUGUAAUAGGGCAACUUUUGAUGCCCAAAAAAAAAAAAAAAAAAAAAAAAAAGAGAGAAAGAAAGUACAAUACUGGCCAAUAGUACAGACAGCUGAAUGCUACCUUUGCAUGCUUGUUGCUUGGCAGGGAUUUUCUCCCUAUCAGACACAACAGCUAAGUUGGAAAUGGAUAUUUUGGCAUUCUGUACUGUAAUUUUUUGUUAUUUACCAGAUGAUAUAGUAUAUACCCCAUAAACAUGUUUGUAAAAGCUGAAGAAAAUGGCCACAAUGACAACUUUGUCAUAAAUGAGCUUCUGAAAAGAAAAUACAUUUGUGUCUAAUAUGUUACUGUAGCUGUACAGUAUAAUUAAGAUUUCCCUUUAUUGUCACUAAUACUAACACAAAAAACACAAGCACCUUUGUGUGUCAUGUAGAAAUUACCCAGCCACCACACAUUUCUCUGCAUUUAUGAGGAACAACAGUGUGAUUAUGGCUCAGCAUUAUCAUUUCUUUCUCUUCCUUUUUAAUAUCAACCAGGUGUAAACGCAGGGUGAAGUGACACAUAAUAUCUCCGGUCAUGAGACAGAUGAUGAGAACGUUGAAUGACUGAACGUUACAUUUAGCUCUAAUGGCCUAUCCUGCCUUUUUGUCCCCUCAAAAAUCCUUUAGUGGCAGAUGAAAAACAUUCUUAUAUGAGGCUGGAACAAAUGAUGCUUCUAGUUUGUAGCACUGGAGGCACAUGUUGUUCUGCCCCCUCCAUGCAGUCAAUGACCCAGCAAUUAUCCAGCCGCGAUUUGUCUACAGAUAAAAGCACUUAGUGCCAGAUUAUAAAAGAUUAGAAUUCUCUUACCUGAAUAAAUACUUCAUGUAGUCCAGUAUUCCAGAUGGAGAUACACUCCUGGGUUAAUGGGUUUUAAGUAGGAGGGGUAUUUAGAAAUAUAUUUUUGUUAUAGUUCUUGUUCGGCCACACAGUUUUAAAAGUGUUUACUUUUACACAAAAACAAUCGAGAAGAAAUAUUUUUCAAGAUGCUUGACAAAACCACAAUUUAAUUUCCAGUGAGAAUAUUUGAAAACUGCAGAAUUUGUGCCUUACAUAUGUAUUACUAAGGCCUAUUUCACUUUGAUUAUUAAGAGCAUGUAUUAGUAUGAAAAUUAAUUAAAACACUAACUUCACUACUAAUUUAAAAGGAAUAAUUCAACAUUUUGGGAAAUUUGCCUAAAAAAUUUGAGUUUAAUAAGAAAAUUGAUAUCACUUCAUCAGAUAAAUCUACAACCUGCAACUGAUUAACUUACCUCAUUUUAAUACCAGAUAACACACUUUGUGUUACUUGUUAUUACUGAUUUUAUCGUCAUUACAAAGCCAUAAUACUUCCACCAAAUGAUUUUCCAUUUGUUGGGUAUUUUGCAAAUGAAAUAUUCAAUUCACACACUUAAUUUGAUUAAAUAUCCUGUAAAAGUAAUAUUUUUAAAAGUACAGCAUGUACAUUUAAGAUGUAUACCCUGUUGUAAUUUAUUUCUUAUCAAAGGGAAAUUAAGACUUUAUUAAUGUAAGAAUCACAAGAAAAACUAAUGUGACAUUAGUUCUGUUUUAUCAUUUUUAUUUAAAUAUUUUUCACAUGCACAGUUGAGUACACAUCACAGGUAGGCUAUAGCUAAAUUUAAAAUCUAGCAAUUAUACAAAUUAAUAAACCAAUCUUACUUGAAUAAACACAUUUUUUCAUCAUCUCAUAGUUGGCUUUAAAGUUAAAUUAGUGUUGAGAGCCACUUAAUUUAAGAAUAUGAUACUGUAAUGGUGCUCUCUCAAAAUUAGUUUGUCUUACUUGCCUUACCUGUGAAAUGUUUAGAAAAUUUGUGUAUGACAAUGCCUUCUCUUUCAAAUAGCCACAUUUGUGCUACAGAAUGGUAGCUUAGCAUAAAGCUAAAGAAGCUCAAAACAUGCUGUAACAGCUAUUUUGGCUGUACAGAGAGAUAAAAAAAGGGCUUUGCUUGUUCUUCAACAGGGUAUAUGAAACUCAAAGAUGCACAUUUAAAAACUAUUUACAAUGUUUUAUUGUGAUAUCAGCCGCAGAUUUCACAAAAAUACAUACGCUAGCAACAUAGGCUAGCUAGCUAGCAAUAAUUGUUAGUUGGAUGCAGGUAAAAGUGCUAGCUUCAUUUGGUCUCCCAAAAUGUGAUUAGCAAAUUUCUUCUUGUGUACAGAUUAGAUCAUCUAGAUAUGAGUUAAAUUUGAAAGAACCCAUGACACUUAUUCAAAAUGUAGACAAGGGUGCUGGAUUAUUUUUAGAGGUAGCCUGAUUUCAAAUUAAGGAGGCACCAGUACUUGAAUGAGGGAUGAGUGACGAUGUGCUAAGAUAAGCUGACCAGUUGCUGGAUCUGUAGUAGUCCCCCCCCCUAUUAUUUUGGUUAGUCUACUGAUCUUAUUACUGACUUUACUGACUUUAUUUAGGUUUGUCCAAUUCUUUUGAAAACUGAUUUCCCAAAAUGUAUUUCUAACAGCAUAAGAAAAAAAAAAAAACCUGCACAUUUUGUGCCUCAACGGUCUAGAGUAACAGAGCAGUUUCAGUGUAAGUAAAGUUUGAGUGUUUACAGUUUCUGCAAAAAUACAAGUCAUCAGGAACUGCAAAUAGUGUGUAAUAGGAUCUGAGUGCUCCAGAUCUGCUGUCGAACUUGGUGUUGUUUAUUUCUUUUAUCAGGUCACAGAAACCAUAGAAAAACAAACAUAUCAACCCAAAAUAUAUGUUGUAUAUGCUCAAUCAUUAGCAAAACCCUAUGUAUCUAUCAAAUAAUAAUCUUUCUUUUAAAUAUUGUAAUGUUAUAUAUUAAAAUGUCAAAGUAUCAUUUAUGCUUUUCUUAGGGGCUAAGUAUCUAUCGAAUUGGUGAUACCAAAAUGAGAAAACACUUUUCCCACAACGAAUGUGUAAAUUUCAUAUAAUCAUAUUUGAUGUCCAUAAAUAAACUGUAAGAUGAAAUCCCCUCAAAUGCAUGUAGUUUGUAUUGUCAAAUACCUACUUUAAUUUUAAAAUAACUAAACAUUGUGUCAGUAAAUCUUUUUUAAAACAGAAGCUAAGCCAAUACCCCACAGGGUAUAUUUGCUUUUGUUUAUUAAUCCUUUAACUUUUAGACUUACUUAUCAUCUUCAAUUUCCCACAGUUCCCACAAAGCCUCCUACAUAUUUCUUGCCAGCAAAUAUGAACAAAUUUUGACCAGUGACUCUUUAGCAUUGUUAAAAUGGCUAGCAUAUUUAUUCAGCUGAAGUUAGCGCAUUAGCAUAAAUUUCAUUAGUUCAAAAGAAGCUAACAUCAUGAUAAAAUUUCAUUAGAUGGUAAAUCAAGAAGUUUGGAAAUAUCUAAAAUAAUCCCUGGAUGGAUGCUAACUGUAAACUAAGAAAUAAUUGUUAUUAGGAGUCAUGUUAAAAAUUUAAACCUGAAAAGUUAGCAUCUUCUAACCUCUAGGAAAUGCAAAAGGCUUUGAGAAUGAAGACUAUAUGUGUGGUAGAAUUUUGAAAGACAAAAUUAUUAAAGGACAUUUAGUAAGAAUCUGUUUUGGAUUAAGCACAGGUAAUUAUACACAAUAUUUGAGAAAAAUAAAACAGGAUAUGCAAUGCGAAAGCCAACAUAUAGAAGCCAGCUGCCCAGUCCUGCAGAAAUAUUACUGGGUACAUAUGUGGAAAAUGGCACCACAAUGGAAAGUCUAGCUGCAGCUUUGUGAGGUCACAAGAAUUCCUUGGUUUAUUUAAAGCCAUACGUAGGCUAAAAGGAUUUCCCACUGGGAGUCAGAAGGGGUUAGUAAAUUUGGGAUGCCUACUACUAAAAACAUUUGUUUUCUGUUUUGGGGCCAUCAUUCUGUUGCCUCAACUCAGUUACUUGUUUCUUUGGUUUUGGUUGCUUUGUUGGGUUAAGGUACAGAAACCCAACUGGUUUAGAAAAAAAACAUGGCUGACCUUACCUGUCACGUGUCAUGUUAAUGACCAAGACAGUGAUGGAGAAGCUUGUUGCUCUCUAUGUUGUGCCGUCAAAAGUUUGUUCUUAUUUCAGCCAUUUUUGUGAGACGUAGUUGCUCCCACCUUUCUCCCUAGAAUUGAUUUAUGGAGCCAAGACGGGGGUAUCUUGUGUAAAUCCUGAGUGUGAAACAAACAGUCCUAGUUGUCACUUUCACCCGAACAAAAUCUUUUAGUGUUACUGUGUAGUAACCCAUUUAGCCUUACACAAUAACAUUUGCCACAAACAAUCACAGUUUGAUACAAUCACCGCAGUUGUGUUUUGUGUUAUGGAGUUUUGAUUAAUAAGGCAACUGUUAUGGUUUUUUUUUUCCUUCUUUUACACGAUAAUCUUUUGGACAAAUUAAGUAUAUGUGACAUUGUACUGGUAAUUUCAUUAUGCUUCAUUCAGUGAAUUUCCAAAUGUGUGUAAAAACCAAGUUCUAUAAACUGUGUACCUACUUCUCUGAACACCAACAAAUUCAGAUUUUCCUCAUGGCCAGAUUCCCGUCAUCACCCUCUCCUUUACUUUUGCUGUUGUUUCCCUGCAACCAUCCCGUGGACUCACUAUCAAAGAGCAUCAGUGGAACAGAAUGUCAGAAUGUAGCUCAUGUACCAGAAUGUGGUGAAGUGGGUCGACAUGAGGUGGGAUUCAUUUUCUUUCUUUCUUUCUUUCUUUCUUUCAGAAUUUUUUUCUUUCUUUCAGAAUUUUUUUUUUCUUUCAGAAUUUCUUUCUAAAUUUCAAAGUUUCUUUCUAAAUUUCAUUUUCUUUUUUGCAAAGUGUUGAUUUUCAUGGGUAUAUAGCUCCAGCUAUAAGGAAUGUACUGUUGUGACUCAAACUAAAAACCUCCGUGUGGAUUUAUUGUCAUCAUAUUUGUCUCUAGAACCCUGAAGAAAAUUGGCAACUAAGGAAAUCACAGUCAUUUGAAAUUUUCCCUUAGGGGUGGAUGUGUAUGUAUAUUAUGAGUACUAACUGUAAGUUGAGUGACUGCUGGAGGAGUGUACAUUAGAUAAUUCUGUCUUGUAAAUGAGUGGUUUUAAUCCACGUUCCAUGAGGCCCUUUUGCUGGGACACUGGUAACUUUUUAAAUCCUGGCACCAGAUAUAGGUGGAAGUGAUUUUGUGAUUUUACUGAAAAUCUCACCAAGUUUAUGAAAGUGUUGAGCCAGUGUGGCUUUAAGUGGAGUCAAAGAAGUCUUGCCAUAGCUAAAGCUGUUGUUUCACCCUGCUUUCUCACCCUGACAUAAAUAACAAUUUCUGGGAAAAAAAGAAAAUAAAGAUGUUACUUGUCAACUUAAACCCAUAUAUUACCAACCUGCAACAGCUAGAGUAUGUUUAAAAAAUGUCCUCACUUUUCCACCUAAAGUGUAUCAGUAAUUGGUAGGUUUUCUCUCCAGCUGUGCAGAUGGGAGUUAAUUAGCAUACCAUAGUUGCAAAAUGAGGAGCACAUGGAGCUGCUGCCUCAUUUAGAGCCACUGUUUUAGAUAACCGAAUAGCUGUUUCCACCCUAAAGAGAUAGGAUCUUCUCAGAGGUAAAUACAAAUUUCAGGUGUUGUUGUUUGCAACCAGUCACUGUAGAAGUGAGUGGUGAGUGGAGUUGUACUGGCAUUCUGCCUCCUACCACGCCAACCAAUCUGAGGACAAAGCAGCAGACAUACAGCUGAAUAACAACCAGAUUGUACAUACGAUAUUCACAAAAAAUAUACAUUGGGGCUGGGCAGUAGGCAGGACAUUUAAGAAAAAAGAAAAUGGGGUGUACAGUUGCCCAUCUUUAUAUCCAGAUUGUGGGCAUCUCUUCAUCCAUGAUGUUUCCAUUGCAGUGUGGACCAUUCCAAGUGUUUGGAGCACACAUGAUGGCCCAGUCUAGGAAAUUUGCAUGUGUCCAAUAUGGUAAAAAAAUUACUUAACACUGAUGAAAGAUACAGGUAUUACUGAAAAAAUUAUGUGAAUGAACAAGUGGCAUAAUUUAGACUAUCCUAGACACCAAGUUAGUCAUCUCAGGUCAUCUUUUGACCCUGAUGUUGGGUAUUUGACCAUAAGCCAAUAAAAGACAAACAUAAGCAUCAUCACUGUUAUUACAAAUUAUCCUAAGCAGGGUUUUUUCUUUUUUUUCCUGCACUAUAUUUAAAGCCAUUACAUCCAUUAGUUUUUCAGAGAAUACACUAAAAACUACAAAUGUGACCACCAUGGUUGCUUUGGAGGGGAAACAGGGAUUUCUCAACAAAGUCAGAAAGUCUGUCUUUCUGAGACAUGAGAAACUAAAGCACAUCUGAAGACUAAUAUUACCAUACUUCAGUUAACUAUUUCAACCUGACUGGUAUUGCCAGCUCAAGAGUUUCUCAUAGAAUUAGAUGAGUUGUCAUGAUAACAAGAUUUAGGUUUCUGUCAGAGUUGUAGGUAGCUGGCAGCAGCUCUGCUGCUGACUCCUCGCCAGCUGUGGGGUGCAGUAGUAGCUUUCUACAGUAAAUGCCUUGAUUUUUGUCACAGUUUCACACAGUUGCCAUCUGCCUUCUCUGCACUCAGGAAGGAUAUCUGAACCACAAAAAAAAAAAAAAAAGAAAAAAUCAGUGAUAUGCGCUCAUUUAAACCUUUACCAAAGCCCUGGGAAGCAAUUCUACUGUGUUACUUCACAUAUCAAAAAUCCACAAAAAUGUUAAUGUAUAAGCAAUAAAAGCAUUUCCCAUGACCCCUCAUGGUAAAUCCUCCUCCCUCGCUCACACUCUGCUUGCACUAAAAAGUUCUGCUGAGUUGAAUGACUUCCUUGAAUGACCCCCUUAUGAUGACGGCAAGCAGAUAUUCAGCUUUGCUCUUCCAUUAUCACUCUCCAACUAUAGGGUCCUCCACGAAUCUGCACUGUGUCUGUGUACACAAAAAGCUUUUUCUUUUUCUCUGUAAGCAAUAAUGACAUUGUAUUAAAAGGCUCUGGGUUUGUCUUCUGCUGAAGGAUGCAACAGAUAGUAGUUCUGUCAGCCAUACUUGAAAGAGCAUUAGUGUAGAGUUCUUGAAGUCAGUUUCCAAUUCAUUUUUUAUCCUCCUGAGAACACAAAUAAGCCUAUAUAUUAGCUGUGGUCUUUUCUGUUUGAAUAGUCUUUUUGUGGAUAAAAACAUGAAUGUGAAGCUUUCUUCUUAAAAAAAGUUGUGAUAACAGAGGCAGGACAUUUGUGUUGUAUUGGCAUCCCUCAGCGGUAAGGUGUUAGAACUUUAAGGACCUACGGCCUGUUUAAAUGUAGACCAGUUGAUAAUGUGCGGGGAUGAGUUCACAGAGGGCUGAGGUGAGCCUCUCCUUCUUGUCCUCCAUGUGUGAAGACAAACCCUGUGAUUGGCUCUUCAACAUGCAGGUUAAGUAGAAAAAAGAAAAAAGAAAAAAAAAACUUAACAGUAAAACACAUUAAGUACCUGUAUUAUCUGUGUUUCUGUAGUAUAUAAAUAUGUGUAUUGUAACUGGUGACUUAUUAUGUAUAUAUAAAGAGUAGACCAAG